AUGGUUAGGACCAGAGGAUUAGGUCGUGCCUUAGGUCACGUUACUGGUAAAGGUGUGGGCAGAGGAGAUCGUGAUGAUUCCGAUGAUGCUUCGCAGCGUCGACGGCCUACCGCAUCCGCACGGAGGCAGCGAAUCAUUGUGACUGCAGCGCACGAUGAGCUAGUGGUCCCUGCGCCAGAUGUUGAGGCUGAUGUAUUUCCGGAUGACCCGAUGGAACCAGCUGAUGUCGAGGACAUUGUGGCAGACAUUCCUGCGGACACGGCGCGGAGGCUGCUGAGGAUGAGCAUGAGGGAUUUUCGGGAGCGUCCUGAGUUGAAGUUAUCCUCUCACGGGAGGAAGGUCCAUAGUUUAGGCAGGCUUGUCCCUGCCAUUGAGGGACUCGUUGCUGGGACAGGAUUAAGUCCUUUGAUCGCAUGUUCGGUAGACACUGGCGAUCGGGGACUUUUGUCCUCGUUUGUAGAACGGUGGCACCGGGAGACGUCUAGUUUCCAUCUCCCGGUGGGAGAGCUCACGAUCACGCUGGACGACGUCUCCUCGCUUCUCCAUCUGCCUGUGGUUGGUGACUUGCACGUCUUUCAGCUCUUGCACGUGGACGAUGCUGUUCAGAUGCUGGUGGACUUAUUGAUGGUCUUUGCAGAGUCUGCUAUGGCUGAGACAGCCUAA